GCCACUUCUACCAGAACUACUUCUGCCGCACCAUCCAGUACUGGUGGUGCAAGCAACAUCUACAACGAUGGAGAGUUCAACAAUGCUAUUCUCAGGGAACACAACAUUAAGAGAGCUCUCCAUGGUGUUCCAAGCUUGGCUUGGGACGACAGCUUAGCCACUUUCGCCCACGACUACGCCGCAAGAGCAUUCUCGUGUGACAACGUUCAGUUGAUCCAUUCCAAUGGUCCAUACGGUGAAAACUUGGCUGCUGGCUACGUUGGUGGUGCUGAUCCUGUCGAUGCUUGGUAUGACGAAAUUAAGGAUUACAACUACAACAACCCAGUAUUCGCUGAAGAAACCGGUCACUUCACCCAAGUGGUUUGGAAGGGCACCACCAAGGUGGGAUGUGCCAGAGUCCAAUGUAACAACAUUUGGAGACAAUACACCAUUUGUGAAUACAGUGAAACCAGAGGUAAUAUUGUGGGAACUGACCCAAGAACCGGCAAGUCCUUCUUUUCCGAAAACGUGCUACCAUUAAUCUAG